UUUAUAAUAUUUUUAACCUGCAGUACAUCCAUUAAUUCUCAACUGAAAUGGGCAAGAUAUAUUCCAGCUUGAGAAGCAGGCUUAUAACUAAGCAGAGCAGUCUAGAGCAACAGCUCCAUAAUGAACUAAUUGAAUUUAACGAAGGCAUUUUAAAGUACUACCUUGAAGAGCAAGAAGGAGCCUCUUAUAAUUCAUACUUUAACUUUGAAGAGUAUGCAGAUGUCAGCCUUUGAAGAGAGGUUAGCACUCUUAAGCCUGUGGUCAAGAGCCUCCAUCUUCUCAGCCUGAAUUAUGUCUGAAAACAUAGCAAACUGAGUUCUAUUUCAUCUCACUGUAAUAGGUUGUUGAGUAGUAUCAAGGCUCAAGUAAUGAAGAAGCUUUACAUUUCUGGUACCCUGUUUGUUAUGCAAGACUUCAGUCCAUAUGCCAGGAACAUUUACAAAGCCAUGAAUGCCACAUGAAAUGUCGUCCAGUUUAGUAGGUUGAGGAUAUCUCACAAAGAGUUCGGACGUAUCUUGGUGUCGGCUCCUGAGAGUUGUAAAUUAAUCUUUGAGCUAUGCCAUAUCACAAUAAACCACUUAGGCUACUUAUAAGCAAUGCGAGAGUAGCAGUCAAGAGUUUAGUUCUAUUCAGGAACUCGAUCACUCAGCCUGAAGAAGACAAUGAGAACUUUGAUAGGCUGGUUGAAAAAAUAGCACAUUCAAGACUAAAUGACAGUCUGACCUUGCUUACUAUCUUCACUGAUAACAUCAUUAAUGACGAAAAUAGUCAUAUCAUGCUGUGGACGGAGACUUUACGAGGUAACAUCACUGUCAGGAUUUAUUAAGCUCAUUUUGAGCACAAGCCUGCUUCAAAGUUAUGACAUCAUAUUCAUGCUCUACUUAUUUUAUCACUGAUUCUGGAGGAGGGCAUCAUUACUUCCAUUAAUCUUUCAAUAGAAUAUU